AUGGACCACAAACUGUUGCGAGACCUAGUGCUAUUAUCUUUGUUAACCUCUCUCUACAUGCUUUUUGGCGCGGUUGUGUUUCAAACGUUGGAAAAUCGCCUUGGGGAAGACCUUACCACCAAGAACUUGACCGAGUCAUUAGAAAAAGACCUACAGCAAAAGUUCAAUACAACAAAGCAAGAAUUGGUGACGAUUUUAGCGCGUGUGAGAGAGAUUGUUGACAAAGAAAACAAUUCCCAGAGGACAGAGUGGACUCUUUAUUCAUCGCUUUAUUUUGUUGGGUCGGUUAUAACCACUAUAGGUAAGUUAAAAAGAAAUUUAGUUCAAUAAUCGUCCUGAAGGCUUAGUAUUCGAUGGUCCGUAACAAAGCUAGACAGAGUUUGAAAUGUCUAGAAAAAUUUAUUUCAGUUUCAUUUUUCUUGCGAUAAAGCACAACCAAAGAAAGUUAAAUCUUCCAUCGUUUUCAGGCAAGUUCACUAGGGCGUAGCAAGGGGGUGGUCCUGGAGUGCUCAUGACCCUCCCCCACCCCACCCCUUUGUGAAAUAAUUGUUUUAUGUCCCUUUCAAAAUAGCUGGGUGUUAUUCCUUUUUUUUAUCUACACCAAAACGUCUUUCAGUAAUGCUAAAUAUUUUCAGUUAUUAAUAUAUUACAGUUAACUCUAAAUCUAUUUUAAAAGACACUUCAGCUAUAAUUAAAGAAAGCUAGCCACCUCCCCAAAAUAGACAAGAGGAGUUGCGCUCAUUUAUGUUACGCUUUACCUUCACUCUUACUGAGGUCAGUGACACCUCUCCGGGAUAAGACAAGAACUUAAUGCCGGUCCUAAGAGCGUGAACUUUCAUUUAAUUUUCUUAAUCUGGUUUCUACAGGUUACGGUCACAUAUCGCCGCGAACUGCAGCUGGACGUUUGUUCUGCAUAUUCUUUGCUAUUAUAGGAAUCCCACUCAACCUUCUUACUCUAAAAGCUCUUGGAGACGGAAUCAAUGAGCUUCUCACCAAACUGAUCAUGAAUUUCGAGAGGAAAGUUCUCAAAAGGGAGCCAGUGCACCUUAAAAUAAAAACCAUGAUCUUCUCAGCCCCUCUGAUGGUACUAGAGUUGAUCUUGGGCGGAGUCUUGUACAAUUGCACAGAAGAUUGGGACUUCUUGGCUUCUGUGUACUAUUGCUUCGUUGUAUUUAGCACCAUUGGAUUUGGCGAUCUGGUCCCGAAUCAAGGCCGAGCACCUACUGAAGAUUACCUAAUUGGUAUGAUAAUUAUGCGUGCUGUCUUGUUGAUCAUCGGACUGUCAACUCUUUCCAGUGUUUUAACAAGUGUUUUAUGCGCAGCAGAAGAAAUCAACUCGACUAUUCCCAAAUUCUGCUGUUUAAAGAAGAGGGGGAGAGUAGGGUCACUUUGCUUGCGGUCUCAGCAGUCACGUGAUGACAAUCUUAGUGACGUAAACAGCGAGCCAUCAGGAGCCUCGACAACCUAUCAGCUUGAUACCGAGUAA